UCUUCUCUCCUUCCUCUCCAGCCGACCCACUCCUCUCCCACGCUCUCCACCUUCGCUGCUACAUCUCCAGCGCCGGUCACCACAACCCUAUUCGCCGGUCACCUUCGCCGGCACAACAACAUCGACCACAGCCCUUGCCGGUCGACCACAGCCCCUCUUCUUCUCCUUUCUUUCUUGCAUAAGCAAAAGGGGCAUCCAAAGGCUGCAUCAUUGAAGACAGUUUCAUUGCCUUUUCUAGAACUUUGUGCAGAAUUGUUUGAUGGAAAUACUGCCACUGGAAAUUGCAAGUGGACCUCAACCCAAACAACAUUCGGUGUUGGAUCUUCUUGUCAUCGUGUGCAAUCGCUUAUGAUUAUGGACACCCAUUAUCAUGACACACAAGAUGAUGCCGACACCUCUGAGCCUACUUCCGAGCCCACUUCUGAUCCUAAUCCUGAGCCCACUUCUGAGCCUACUUCCGAGCCCACUUCUGAGCCUAAUCCAAACAAAAGGGCCAAAAUCUCAAAAUCAUCUAUUAACCAUGAUGAUUUAGCACGUGAUAUGCAGAAGGCUCUACAGGUUUUGAUUAAAGGCAAAGAAGGGCCGACAGUUCGUGAGUGUUCAGAGAAGUUAAAGUUGGUUGGGUUAGACCCGGUAGAUCCUAUAUUCUUAGAUGCUUUUCACAUUUUUGGGGUGUCCUCCGACAUGAGAGAGGCGUGGAUGGCAUUGCCAGAAAUUCCCGAGGUCUUAAGAGGGUGGAUCGGGAUGACGGCAAAAAGUUUAGGCCUGCUAAAGUAGUGAAGACCUUACAUGCUUAACACGACUGUUAGCUUUUGUUUAUGUUUGAGACAUUGAUUGCUUUUGUUUAUGUUUGAGACAUUUUGUGCUUUUGUUUAUGUUU